AUGUGUAGGAUUACUGAUUAUUACCUCCAGAACUCCACAGUUAAGGCCAUCAGUGGUCAGGCCGAUAAAGGACGCAGAGGGCUGCAGGCGCUCUGCUUUGGGGGGGAACUCGCCCAGCUGCUGGGCCAGACGGGGAGCCGGGCUCUGGACUCAGGACUGGGGUUCUGGGGGGCUGAUGGAGGAAGCUGGACCAGCAGCUGGGUUGGGUGUUUGCAUGGAGGGGUGCUGCUGCCCCCUAGUGGAGGAAACGGGCCGAACAGCGGCUCUGAGCCGGCCCGGACCUGGAUCUGGGCCUCCAGGACCCGGCCCCAGACGGGAUCCGAAGGAGCAGCGUCCCAGCACAGAGCAGCGGUCAUGGCAACGGCGAGCACAUCAGGACAGAGCGGCUUCGGGCUCGGCAGGAAGAAGAAGAGCCCCGGACUCAUGGACCAGAUCAGCAAGUUCUUUGGAGGAGACAAGAAGAAGAGGAGCAAGGGCUCCUUCAGGGGUCACCUGGCCUCCUCGCCCCAGCAGUCUUCCGCUCGCCGCCGGCCCAACGAAAACGCCGUGGUGCACUUCUUCAGGACCAUCGUUUCCUCUCCUCCUCCUAAAUCCAGGUGGAGGGACGUCUUGGGUUUGGCCUCGUCGUCGCGUGCCGAGAGCACAAAGUCGCCGGUCCGGAGACGCAGGGACCAAAGCACGCUGUCCAGACUCUUCAGCCUGGUGAGCGCCCACUCCCUCCUGCCCCCUCGCUUAGCUCUGAGCCUCCAGCUUCUCCCUCACAAACACUCUGUCCUGUCUGUUCUCCUGCAAACGCCAGUGAUGCUCUCGUCAGGGAUCAGGAGAAGCCAAGUCCCGUCCACCCCCAAAACGCUGGAGCACCAUCUUCUGAGGACCAGAGCACAGAUCCACCACAGAUGGGCCCAGAGGGCAAAGCAGGGGAGGAAGCUCCGCCUGUGGAGGACUCCCCUGCUGCGCCUUAACCCACUAACACAAACCUCCUGUUCUUCAGACAGACAGACACCACCGUCUGUCCUCCUCUCUGCAGGAACGCCCGUUUUCCUGCUAACCAUCCAGCUGUUUUCGUCGUUUUUUACGAGGUUUUCGAAGGAUCUCCGACUGUAA